UGUGACGGCGCGCGUGGCAUCGUGUGUUGGUUCCGCGAGCGGGGUCGCAAGCUCGCGGCCAAGCAGGCCAAGUCGCUGCCAAGGGCAUGGGGAGGAGCGGAAUCGAAUGGCGGACGGCGCCGCGACUAGGGUGCAGGAUGGCGUUGGGGCUGUGCCAGAAUCUGGGAUCCCUGCUUGCGGCAGCGAUACUGUCUGUGUGUCUCAACUUCUCCUUUCCGCGUCAGCCCGCACGGUGAUGGGAUGGAUUGAUAAUCUGCCAUGGAUGUAUGUGGGAGGAGCGGACUCUGCCGCAAAAUGGGUCGAUAACGUGGGGCUUUGGCCCAAAACAGGGCCAGUCUUUGCUUUGGUUGACAUGCGACCAACGAGAGGAUGUGACGGAUUGGGAUAUUGCGCAGGAAUGGUGCCUUCUCACCGCACAUCGCAACGGUACGCCUCUCGCUGCGCGUCCAGCUCAACGUGCCCACAGAGACCCCAGCACGCUAAGGUUUGAUAGUCCACGUCCGUGUAACUAGCUGGGUAUCUGAAGGAUGCUUGCUUCUUCGACCAUUGGGCCGGGCGAUCUCGCGUUAUCUUUCUUUGUUACACCUGCACAGUCGACAUACUGGGUUGCUAUGCUUUGUUCUGCAGCAGAUGAGUGUGGCACGAUCAAACGCGACAGGGA